CGGCCGCCGCUGUCAGUGUUGGUGCGGGCGCGUCGGGGGCCGGGCCGGGGCGCAGUAAAUGGCGGCGGAGGGAGGCGGAGCGGCGGCCACGCGCAGCUCAGAGCCCCCGAAACUUUAGACGCGAAGCCCCACAACUUUCCGGGAAGUGCCGCCGCUCCGGGGGCGUGGACGGAAGGGGAAGCCGAGGCGGGAAGUCUGGGGGGAAGCGGCGGGGAACCGGGCAGACUCGAACCCGCGGCGGGGGCGGGGGCGGAGUCCGCCCGUGCCUCGCGCCGCCUCGGCCCCCGCCUCCUUCCGCACGCCCUCCCCUCGGCCGCGGAGCCGGAGCCGGAGCCGGAGCCGGAGCCGCGCGCCGAGCCGAGCCCGGCACUGCGCGGGGCCUCGCAGGCGGCGGCGCGCCGAGCCCAGCCGGGCCCCCUCCUCGCGACCUCCGGGCCCUGUUGCUCGGGCGCCCCCCGCGCGCGUGAGGCCGGGGUUGGGGCUCCCCGCGGCUUCGCGGCGCGAGGAGGAAGCCGGGUCGCGCGCAGCCCCCGCCGUCCCAGGGUCGUGGGGCCAGGUCCCGGGUCUUGCAUGCGGGGCGCGGCGGGGCGGGGCGGCCGCGAGCCGGAGGCGAAGAUGGAAGGCUUAACGCUGAGCGAUGCGGAGCAGAAAUACUACUCGGAUCUCUUCUCCUACUGCGACAUCGAGAGCACCAAGAAGGUGGCGGCCAACGGGCGGGUGCUGGAGCUAUUCCGGGCCGCGCAGCUGCCCAACGACGUGGUCCUCCAGAUUAUGGAGCUUUGUGGUGCAACAAGGCUUGGUUAUUUUGGAAGAAGUCAGUUCUAUAUCGCUUUGAAACUUAUAGCUGUUGCCCAGUCUGGUUUCCCUUUAAGAGUGGAAAGUAUAAAUACAGUAAAGGACCUUCCCCUGCCAAGAUUUGUUGCUUCAAAGAAUGAACAGGAAUCUCGCCAUGCAGCCUCAUAUUCUUCAGAUUCUGAAAAUCAAGGGUCUUAUUCUGGUGUAAUUCCUCCACCACCUGGCAGGGGACAAGUGAAAAAAGGAUCUGUAAGCCAUGAUACUGUCCAGCCUCGUACAUCUGCAGAUCAGCAGGAACCUGCAUCCCCCGUAGUUUCACCCCAGCAGUCCCCACCAACUUCUCCACACACAUGGAGGAAGCACAGCCGUCACCCCAGUGGGGGAAAUAGCGAGAGGCCUCUUACAGGACCUGGGCCAUUUUGGUCUCCCUUUGGUGAAGCACAAUCAGGUUCUUCUGCUGGUGACGCCGUGUGGUCAGGGCAUUCUCCACCUCCACCGCAAGAAACCUGGGUCAGUUUUGCAGAUACUCCACCAACCAGUACUCUUUUAACCAUGCAUCCUGCUUCUGUCCAGGACCAGACAACAGUACGAACUGUAGCAUCAGCUACAACUGCCAAUGAAAUUCGUAGGCAAUCCAGUAGUUAUGAUGAUCCCUGGAAAAUAACAGAUGAACAAAGACAGUAUUAUGUAAAUCAGUUUAAAACCAUUCAGCCUGAUCUAAACGGAUUUAUUCCAGGAUCUGCAGCUAAAGAGUUUUUUACAAAAUCAAAACUUCCUAUUCUUGAACUUUCUCACAUUUGGGAACUUUCAGACUUUGAUAAAGAUGGAGCAUUGACACUGGAUGAGUUUUGUGCUGCUUUUCAUCUGGUAGUUGCUAGGAAGAAUGGCUAUGACUUACCAGAAAAACUCCCUGAAAGCCUAAUGCCCAAACUGAUUGAUUUGGAGGACUCAGCAGGUUUUAUUUAUUUAUUCAUGAGAGACAGAGAGAGAGAGGCAGAAGGAGAAGCAGGCUCCCAAGGAGCAGGGAGCCCGAUGUGGGACUCGAUCCCAGGAUCCUGGGAUCAUGACCUGAGCCAAAGGCAGACGCUUAACCAUCUGAGCCACCCAGACGUUGGGGAUCAGCCAGGUGAGGUAGGUUAUUCAGGCUCUCCUGCAGAAGCACCUCCAAGCAAGUCUCCAUCAAUGCCGUCACUAAACCAGACUUGGCCUGAGUUGAAUCAGAGCAGUGAGCAGUGGGAGACAUUUAGUGAACGCUCUUCAAGCUCACAAACUCUGACCCAAUUUGAUUCUAACAUUGCACCAGCUGAUCCUGAUACCGCUAUUGUUCAUCCAGUUCCCAUUCGUAUGACUCCAAGCAAAAUCCACAUGCAGGAAAUGGAACUGAAAAGAGCUGGCAGUGAUCAUACUAAUCCCACUAGCCCAUUACUUGUGAAACCAUCUGACCUGUCAGAGGAAAGUAAGAUAAAUUCAUCGGUGAAAUUUGCUUCUGGAAAUACUGUAGCAGAUGGGUACAGUAGUUCAGACUCUUUUACUUCAGACCCAGAACAGAUUGGAAACAAUGUAACUCAUCAAAGGUCUCAUUCAGGAACGUCGCCUGAUAAUACUGCACCACCACCUCCCCCUCCAAGGCCUCAGCCUUCUCAUUCCAGAUCAUCCUCUUUAGAUAUGAAUCGGACCUUUGCAGUCACCACAGGACAACAACAGGCUGGAGUUGUUGCCCAUCCUCCUGCAGUGCCUCCAAGACCACAGCCCUCACAGGCUCCUGGUCCCGUAGUGCAUCGCCCAGUGGAUGCCGAUGGCCUAAUCACUCACACUAGUACCUCACCUCAGCAGAUACCAGAGCAACCAAAUUUUGCAGAUUUCAGCCAAUUCGAAGUAUUUGCUGCAUCAAACGUCAAUGAAGAACAAGAUGAUGAAGCCGAGAAACAUCCAGAGGUCUUGCCGGUUGAAAAAGCUUCUGAUCCUGCAAGUUCUCUUCGAGUUGCCAAAACAGAUAGUAAAAUUGAAGAAAAGACAGCUGCUAGUGUUCCCGCCAAUGUGAGCAAAGGCACCACACCUCUUGCUCCACCACCUAAACCUGUUCGAAGAAGAUUGAAAUCAGAAGAUGAAUUAAGGCCAGAAGUUGAUGAACACACACAAAAGACAGGUGUCUUAGCUGCUGUGCUUGCAUCACAACCUUCUAUUCCUAGGUCUGUUGGGAAAGAUAAGAAAGCAAUUCAGGCAUCAAUUAGACGCAAUAAGGAAACCAACACAGUUUUGGCCAGAUUGAAUAGUGAAUUGCAGCAACAAUUAAAGGAUGUUCUUGAAGAGAGAAUUUCUCUGGAAGUUCAACUGGAACAGCUUCGACCAUUCUCUCACCUAUAAGCCAAUUGCCGUUAACUGUGAACAUACCCAUUUUUAAGCAGUUUUGGGUUCAAGCCAAUUUGGAGACCCAAACGUUCAGCUCACUGCUUAAUUCAACAUUAAAUUUUAUGAUUCUGUUUUGCCCUCUAUGUUCACCUGUAUUUAAGUAUCUUUUAUUUUUUAAUUUCAACAAUAAAAGGGUCAGGAUGACUUUUCCUGGA